UCCGACAACUGGAGCACCAUCAAGCACAGCUAAUGGGCUCUUAAAAUGCUUAAGAGCCCAUCUCUAGUAGCUAAAUAUCAACGCCUAAAUAACCCAAACCUCUCCUUCAUUUAUUCAUUUUAUAACACACUUAAGAAUUUAAUUCUAAAUCCCAUUUUAAUAAAAAUAGACUUAAAAAUAAGUAAAGAUAUUAAGGAAAAUAAAAAAAGUCAUGAUCUCAGAUUAAGGUCAAAUUUUUUGUUGAGAAAGAAAAAAAAAAGAAUUUUACAACAUUAA